AUGGUGUGGGAAAUUCGAUGUGGCCCUUGGUCACGAAUUCAACAUCUCAACGACAACGCCGAAGAGCUGGAGGAGUUGAGACAACAACGUCGACUUGCACUUCGAGAGAUGACCGACACCAUCCUCGAGCUCAACAAGCUUGAUUGCCAUUUUCUCUUGGAGAAUCCUUGGGGUACUGACUCCUGGGAGCAGGAUGAGCUGAAGCCCAUCUUUCAACUUGAUGGAGUUCAACUUCGCAAGGGAUCUAUGUGCAACUUUGGAUUGCGAGGCAAAGAUGGCUUACUUUUGAGAAAGGACACUGGGUGGUGCAGUGAUCUUCCCCGUGUUCUUGAUGCCGUGGCCCUGCCUUGCAACGGAGCCCAUCAGCAUGAGCUGUGCUUGGGUGGCAAUGCAAAGCAUGCACAGAUCUACACCAAGAAGUUGUGCAGAGCUGUAAUUGAUGGUCUUAAGGCCGAGAGCUCCAACAACGUGGCGAUGAGCGUUUCUGCAAGCAUGUGGAGACCUAUGACCAGUGGGCUACUUCAUGAAGUCCUUUGA